CUGCGGCGGCAGAUGGAGUCAAAUGACGGCAGCGGCUCCGUAACAAAGACGAAAACCAAAUAUCACUCGGCACCUGCAGAUUUGUGAGCAGAGACAUGCUGACCUCAUCUCGCCAGUGACCAGAGCUCACAGUCCCCAGACCAGCCGAGACAGGAGCGCAGGAUACAGAUCAGACGUGUCAUGGCUGCCAGACAGCAGAGACCUGCAGCUGCUGCAGACGGCUCAGCAGAGGCCAAAAGGACGGACCUCAGGGCCAAUGAGAAGAAGUGCUCUUGGGCCUCCUACAUGACCAACUCUCCAACUGUGAUAGUGAUGAUUGGGUUGCCUGCUAGAGGGAAAACCUACAUGUCCAAGAAGCUGACGCGCUACCUCAACUGGAUUGGAGUGCCAACUAAGGUGUUUAACCUCGGAGUUUAUAGAAGAGAAGCGGUGCAGUCAUACAAGUCCUAUGACUUCUUCAGACAUGACAAUAAAGAAGCAAUGCAAAUUAGAAAACAGUGUGCUCUGGUGGCACUGCAGGAUGUCAAGGCCUAUCUGAAUGAAGAAGGAGGCCAGAUUGCUGUCUUUGAUGCCACCAACACCACCAGAGAGAGGAGGGAACUCAUCCUUAAUUUUGCAAAGGAAAAUUCUUACAAGGUGUUUUUUGUUGAAUCCAUAUGUGACGAUCCAGAUGUCAUUGCUACAAAUAUCCUGGAUGUGAAGGUGUCCAGCCCUGAUUACCCUGAGAGGGACAGAGAAAGUGUCAUGGAGGAUUUUCUGAAGAGAAUAGAGUGUUACAAAGUGACGUACCAACCUUUAGAUCCGGACGAACAUGACAAGAACCUGUCCUUCAUCCAGGUCAUCAACGUCGGCUGUAGUUUCUUGGUCAACAGGGUGCAGGACUACAUCCAGAGUAAAAUAGUGUACUACCUCAUGAACAUCCACGUACACUCCCACUCCAUCUACCUCUGUCGGCACGGAGAGAGCCAUCACAACGUGGAGGGACGCAUCGGGGGCGACUCUGAACUGUCAGAGAGAGGCAAACAGUUUUCAGCAGCUCUGAAGGGUUUUGUGAAAGAGCACCGUCUGUCAGACCUGAAAGUUUGGACGAGCCAGCUGAGACGCACCAUUCAGACGGCAGAGGAGCUGGGAGUUCCCUACGAGCAGUGGAAGAUCCUGAAUGAAAUAGAUGCUGGAGUGUGUGAAGAAAUGUCCUAUGAAAUGAUUGAGGAAAAAUUCCCAGACGAGUUUGCCAUGAGGGAUCAGGACAAGUACCAUUACCGCUACCCUGGAGGAGAGUCCUACCAGGACCUGGUUCAGCGGCUGGAGCCCGUCAUCAUGGAGCUGGAGCGGCAGGGCAACGUGCUGGUCAUCUGUCAUCAGGCCGUCAUGCGCUGCUUGCUCGCCUAUUUCCUGGACAAGAGUGCAGAUGAUCUUCCCUACUUGAAGUGUCCUCUGCACACUGUCCUAAAACUCACCCCCGUUGCGUAUGGUUGUAAAGUGGACAUGUUUGAUCUGAAGGUGAAGGCUGUCAACACUCACAGGGACAGACCAUUAAGUAAAGUCAGAGCAGAUGUCGUGCCACCAGCUUUCUUCCGAAGAAACAGUUUCACUCCGCUGUCCAGCCAGGACCAGAUUAAACGACCUCGUCUUUACAGCGUGGGUAACCCUCCACAGGCCCGCAUGUCCCAGGCACCCACUUUACCCAGCAUGCAGUUCUCUGAGGCGUCCGAGGGGGCAGAGCUGCAGCAGAACGAGGACUCUCUGAACGGCUUCAGCGCAGCAGACACAGACGACUGUGUUCGGAACUAAGGAAGCCCGUAAAGAGGUACUUUCAGCCAAUUGUCUAACAUGUGGAACAUCUGCAGCCUCCACCUCAAACAUCUCACAUAUUUUGUUUUGCCGUGUAUCGCAGGCUUUUCUCCACACGGAUGUUAUCACCAGUUCUUAGGAGCAGCUGUUAAAUACCCACCAGCUUCAGCCAUUACAUUCUUAAGUGCUGCAUUACACACCAUAUGUGUGUAACCUUGUGUGUGUUACCUCUUCGCUGUGUGUUUGAUAGAUUAUGUGCGUGAUAGUGAGUGUGCACAAACAAGAACUGAAUGCCUUUGCACAGGAGCCUUCAUAUCGAUGCUGCGAUCCAGCUCAGAUAUAAAAUAAUCUAGAGAUCUGUAGUAAAAAGAUACACUGAAAACCCGUCCAUUAGUACCUAGCACACUCCACACACUGUAGUCUACGGUCUUAUUAUGCUGUAUUAGAACAUGUUGAUUGUGAAUUGUAUACCUCAAUGGAAGCUACUACCUUUAGUUUUAGUGUAAGAGAGUGCCUCUCUUGAAGGAAGCCAUGAACAGCCUUUGUUUCUUAUUAGAUUCUUUCAUUAAAGGGGACUUAUUCUGCUUUUUCUUACUUUCUGUCAUGUAUAUAUAAUGUUACAACGUUGGAUGUUCAUAUUAAACUGGCCAAAGUUUUAAAUAGUAAGGUAAACGUAUGUAAAAGUCAUCCCUGUGUGCAAAAUCGUGUAGUUUUAGACUGUUGAGAAUACUCUUGUUUUCAACACGUUUUACAUUGAGAUAAGCUGACAUCAGUUUGCAACUGAUUUCUUAAUUAUUAAUAAUAAUAAUAGGUUUAUUUAUAUAGCACCUUUGAAAACACAGUUUACAAGGUACUUUUACAAACAAAGCAAAGCCAAGGCAAAAAACCCCAGAGCUAAUAAAGCAAUUAAAGUUAGUCAAUAACGUCGAACAAAGGCCAUACAAGAGUUAAGGCAGAAUUAAACAGGAGCUUAAAGGCGGAAACAUGUCAGAAAAAUAAAGCAAUAACAUGAAGGCAGUAUGAUAAAGUAUGAUAAUAAUAACAGUAAGCAGGAUCAAGACAGAAUAAAAAGAUAAGUUAAAAGAUAAAUUAGAAAUGACAACAUUCAUGAAAAUGAAAUGACAACAUAUGGUCAUUUGCUCCAGGCACGCUACCUCUGAUGUUUGUUUUAAUUACCUCACCUACACUGCUACAUGUAGCGACAUGCUCAAGGAAAAGAAAAGAACAGAAAACAUGCAAUCUUGGUUCCCGGUGUUGUAAAUUUCUCCCUGAUUUUGAAUCAUAUUCCUGCUGGAACAUGUCUGGUUGUGUUUAGGAUUUUUUAAUGGGGAUUUUUUGUCGUAGAAACUGCUGCUAUUCUCUAUCACAGUCUUUACCCUGCUGCAAGCACACUGUUACUUGUAAUGACGUGCUGUCUUUAUUUGUGUUUUUUUUGGGGGGUGGUAGAAAAUGCCGCUUUACUCAGUUACAGUUAUUCACCCAGCUGCAGUGAAGAGGCAGAGAGGCCAGGAUGUAAACACAGACCAAUCAGAGCUGACCUGUUUGUUAUUUUUUGGGAGGGGGGCUUAAAAAAGACAGGUGCCAAAACAAAGCGUUUCAAACUGAGUGAAUACAGGUGAUCCAGCACAGACAGUAUGAAGAAAAUUGUGUUUUUUCAACAUUUAAAUGUGUAAAAAUGUUGUAGUAAAAUCCCAAAGUACAAACAUGGCCCUGAAAAUGCACAAUAAGUCCCCUUUAAGUUACCUUUUUAAACAUUCCUUUUCUUAGUUGUUCCGACAAGUUGUUGUAAUGAUCUUAUUGUGAAGUGUCAUUUAAAGCAUUUUAAGCUUGCAGUGGGUGGUCACGAGCUGUAAAAAAGUAACAAACUGUUUUGUCUCGCCUCAUAAAAAGCACUGUGCUUUUUCCUUCUGCGACUGUUGUUUUGUUCAGUGAUACCUACCUGUGUGUUCUGCCUUAUAAUCAAAUAACAGCUUUAAUAUUCUCAGCUGUCUACUGUGAGUGAUAAUGUCAAGCCGAAACUCGAAGCGAUGCAAAUAUUUUAAACACAAAGUGCUCAUGAGUUUUCUGCAUUUUAAUUUCUGCGUACGGAUAAGCAAAUCAGUCGCGUGCUCCUGAUACAUUAUUCUGACACAAAAAUAUUGUUAACACAAUAAUAUUGCAAUUAUUAGCUACAUACUGUAGUAAACACAUGGACAGCAUCUAUUCAUGUGACUUUGAUUUGACAUCAGCAGUUAAUCAAUCUUUGGAAAAGUGCCUUUAUUCAAAGGACUGCGAGACUGUGAAAGUUGGAAUCUGAAGUAUUUAAAAUACAUGGUAUGAUAUGCAAAAGUCUGUUUUACCUGAAUUAAAGGAUUAGCAAUGUAUUUGGAUGUCUUAAAAAGAGCUUUGAUGUUAUUGCACACUGUGUCUUACAUGUUUCAUUUAUUAAAUUUGAUUUAAACACA